UCGCCGGUCAGUCAGUCGCGCGUCGGACCUGAAGAGUCUACAACUUAACUAUUUUUAGUAACUAACGCCAAGAACAAUCAUGAGCACCAAGGAAAAUAACAGUGAAGUGGCCGUGGAAAAGGUUGGAGAUGAGAAGGACGCGAAAAGUGACCUCAAAGCAACGAAAAGAGCGGCAGAGGAAAAGGCAACGGAAGCAAAAAAGGCGCGAAAGGAAGAAAAUGGCGGCGGCGGCGACGAUGAGCCUCACAGUGAAGAGGAAGACCUAGAGGGAGAGGGUGAGGGUGACGACGAUGAUGAUGAGGACGUGGAGGGGGAAGAGGGCGAGGAAGACGAGGAAGUCGAAGGAGAGGGAGAGGAUGACGAUCUCGAAGAUGAAGAAGUAGAGGAGGAGCUAUUAGGUGAGGAAGAGGAAGAAGACGCGUAAUACGCCUUUGUGCCUCUUUUAAGGACAAUGUCACAGUGAAGUGUUAGUGCUCGUGACGCCCCGAACUAGCGCGGCCUCGCCUCGCCUCAACUGGCCAUAAACAGCCCCAACACACAAACAGACAGACUAACAGUUGGGAACACGCGGGGCCGACAUCGCUCCCACCUAACACGGGUGCAGUUUUAUUUAAUGACAAAAUGUAAUUAAGAAAUCAAAUCCAAUGCAGAUUUUCAAUUUUUACAAUGUUUAAGUUUGAUACCGAAGCCGUAUCUUUAAUUUCGGCUCAGUGCAGUGAGCCUAUACCUAAUUAAGACUUAAUAGAAUGCUGUUGAAAUGUACAAAUGUGUUUUUCGGAAAGUAAAGAAUAAGUGAAAUCCAAACUGUAUUCUAGGUUUACCCACAAGCCUUUUGAAUGGUAAAAUUGUGAUAGUUUUCUAUGCAAUAGGGACUUAUUCAAUGUUAGAAGAGACUGUCUACAUUGCAUUACCUGUAGUAGCUUGUAAGCUAAUUCACUACGCUCAAUCUUCAUUUUUUGUUGUUGAUGAGUUUGUGUACAUAUUUAGAUUAUAGUAAUUAAAGCCUGUGAUUUAUAAAAUCAGUCUAACAUGGCAUAGUUUGUCAAUUCAGCACUUGAUGGAUGCAUCUUAAUGGAAGCUGUUGGUACAUAAUCUCGUUUCGUAUGUCACCCUAUCUCCUUCCAACUCCGAAUUUCUUCGGGACCGAGCGAAAAUGAAAUUUAUCGUGUGAAUGAACUGAGAACUGCAUAAUUAAAGUGAAAGUAAAUUUAAAUGGACGUCCUGUAGGAGUUCAGAGUUCCAGAGGAAGUUAACAUCGCAACGCUGGCUGCCGACUGAGAUAAGGUUUUUCGUAAUCCAAAGGGUGUUUCCAAUGAAAAACAUCACAAUUUUACCAUUAUAUUGCAUACUUCGCGGUCGCGCGCUCUCAUCUGUACGUACAGAUAGAGCGGGCCGGUCUCCGCGAAGAUAAACAUGACUAAAACCGGCCUGUAAUUUUUGUCCAUAAUUGUUAAUUAGGAUAGAACCUUCAGUUCGGUAUUCCAGUGUUUCAAGGUGUAGAUUACGAGAUUCCUAGGUUUACGUGAUUUAGUGUGUAGGAUGGUACGUUUUUUAUGGAAGGGCAUGGGAGCCGGCGUGACGUGAGCCGGGCUGGGGUGGGGGAGGCGGCGCGUCGGCGCGGGUUGCGGGCCGGCACCGCGUGGCCUCGUUCGAUUUGCCGCGCGCCCGGCGUGGGUCCCCCCCGGCCCGCGCCCGCACCGGCGUCUAUCGCGCCCCCGUACCACGACAUGGCAACGCGCUCCUCCGUGCGGAAAAUCACCCGGCGCGCGCGAUACAUCGCCGCUCGGCUUGACAACUGGCUCUGCUGACGAUGCAUUCGGCGUCCGAUCGUUUGUUGCCAUGGCAGCCGGCGAGCGACCGAUGCCCGGGCGGCGAUAGUAACGUGCGAGUUAUGUUGAUACUACUCGUUGAAUCAGUUUUCACUCCGGUAAUUCACCUUUGCAGUCUUUCGUGGGGCACGGGUGUGAUGCACCAAUAAUAAUGUUAAUUAAUGAAACUAUUUUUACAUAACGUCCGGCUUCAGUGGGAGACUGGAAGAUGUAUUCGGAAGCAUUUAGGGAAUUGUUCCGUUGGCGAUCGAAUACCAAAGGGAGCAAAUGUAUUUUCAUUAGCAGCAAUUGAGUAUAAAAUGAAUUAAAUAAAUUUAUCUUAUGAGUAAAUCGUAUGGUCCCGCCUUUUCAUUUUGUGGUAAUGUCGCAUAUUGUGUACGAUGUACGGCUAAAUGUGAAUACCUUAGUACGAUUUUAUUUAUUUGUGAUGUUGAACACUAUUGAUUUUCUACGAUGGACGAAAUGUAAAUACAACCGAUUUUAAGUAAAAUGUUAUUUUGUU